CUUCCAUUGAAAACCCCCACAUCUACACAGUAAAGUUAAGUCGCGGUCGAGGAGAAGGAGGGUUAACGUUAUGAGGAGGAUAACAGCAAGGAAAAGGCAAAGUUAGGGAAUGGAUUGCAUGUUUUGCUCACAAAAUCAUUCUUCAAGGUGUCAAUUGGAUUGAUGGGUCUUGAAGAUUAUCUUAAGUACUCUUAUAAGAUAAUCUUUCAUGCCCAUUUCACAAACAUUGCCUCUGAUGGUAGCCUGUGGGACUCUCCUAAAUUGUAAUUCCUCAUUUUCCAGCCCAGACUGCAUGCCUCUGGAUGAAUUCCAUCCAUUCAUUGAGGCUCUGCUGCCUCAUGUCAAAGCCUUUUCAUACACUUGGUUCAAUCUACAAGCAGCUAAACGAAAAUACUUUAAGAAACAUGAGAAACGCAUGAGUUUGGAAGAGGAACGAAGGUGUAAAGAAGAAUUACAAAAUGAGAGAACUGAAGUAAAGCAGAAAUGGGCUUCUCGAUUACUUGGGAAAUUAAGAAAGGACAUAACGCAAGAAUGUCGAGAAGAUUUUGUCUUAGGCAUCACAGGCAAAAAGAGAGUUAGCUGUGUCCUCAGCAAUCCAGAUCAGAAAGGGAAGAUGAGGAGAAUAGACUGCCUCAGGCAAGCAGAUAAGGUCUGGCGAUUGGACCUGGUUAUGGUGAUAUUGUUUAAAGCUAUUCCCUUAGAAAGCACUGAUGGAGAGCGUCUGGAAAAGUCACCUGAGUGCCUCCAUCCUAAUCUUUGUGUUAAUCCAUACCACAUCAACGUCUCCGUCCGAGAACUUGACUUGUAUUUGGCCAAUUUUAUACUCAGCCAUGAAUCUUUAAGUGGCAUUAGAGAUGGUUUAUGUGAUAGCAGCAAAGAGGAUGAAAGAGCAUCUAUUUUGCAAACUUCGAGUAGUUGUCAGCCUGCACUAAACAUGAUCAAGAUUGAAUCCCCUACCUACUACUGCAACAGUUACUCAUCCCCACCUGACCAUCGAGGACUACAGUCCGGGGCUGGUCCUCCUCUUGCCUUGCAUCCGCAUAACAAUCAUGGCACGCCGCACCCUCCUAGUCCUGAAGAACCCCACAAUAAGAGACUGCGAAAGAUGUCCUCCGGUGAAGAUGAUGUUGACAAAGUCCACAAUGACAUCAGCAGUUUCUAUGGCCAGAGUGCAGCUCAGCUCCACAGUCAAGCUUCUUGGAGUAGUGAUAUCGAUCAAGGUGGACCUCUGACCUCACAUGCAUCCUCCAAGGAAAUUGAUUUGUCUGCAGCUGAGGUUUCUCAUUCCUCUAAAAUUCAAGAGGGUUUGCAACAACAUUCAGCAAUGAAUAUGACAUCACAGUCUUCAAACAUAAGUGGUCCUCUAUCCCAUUCCAGUCCUUAUUAUAUUACUCCUACAAAGUAUCAAGAAAAUGGUGAUACUCUGUCUGAUUUUGUUAACUUAGUGUGCCAAGAAGCUCAGAAUUCUGGUCCAAGCCCACAAACGAGCCAAGAUUCUGAGGCGCAGAGUCCAACUAAACUACCCCACUUUUACUCAAAUCCAAUGCUUCCUCCGCCCCCACCUGCUCCAAUGGCAAGGCCAGUCGCCAUUAUUAGGUCAACAGGAAAACUGGCUGCAUUUUCUGACAUCAGUGCUUCAACGCCUAGCCCACCAAAUAAUAUCAGUCAGUCUGGUCCUAGAAAUAGUUCUCCUGUUUCCGAAAAUUCACCUGUCACAAACUCAGUCGUUAGAGAUAAUCGGAAACAGUUAGCUUCACCUCCAGUUAGUUCAUCUGUUGCACCUGCUGGAAAUAAUGGCCUUGAUGGCUCUCAAGCAAAUCGGGGAGCCAUGAGCAGCACUUUCACUUCCUUGCCAAGGCCCGAUAAUAAUUUUUCUCAUAUUCAUCCCCAAGCUCACCAGUACCUAACAUUCUUUCUUAUUGAUGUGGAAUCUUUAAGUGGCAUUAGAGAUGGUUUAUGUGAUAGCAGCAAAGAGGAUGAAAGAGAAUCAGAUUUCGUCUUUCCAUCUGGUGUUUUUACAUCUGCUGAACUGUAUAGGUUAUCCAAAGCAUCUAUUUUGCAAACUUCGAGUAGUUGUCAGCCUGCACUAAACAUGAUCAAGAUUGAAUCCCCUACCUACUACUGCAACAGUUACUCAUCCCCACCUGACCAUCGAGGACUACAGUCCGGGGCUGGUCCUCCUCUUGCCUUGCAUCCGCAUAACAAUCAUGGCACGCCGCACCCUCCUAGUCCUGAAGAACCCCACAAUAAGAGACUGCGAAAGAUGUCCUCCGGUGAAGAUGAUGUUGACAAAGUCCACAAUGACAUCAGCAGUUUCUAUGGCCAGAGUGCAGCUCAGCUCCACAGUCAAGCUUCUUGGAGUAGUGAUAUCGAUCAAGGUGGACCUCUGACCUCACAUGCAUCCUCCAAGGAAAUUGAUUUGUCUGCAGCUGAGGUUUCUCAUUCCUCUAAAAUUCAAGAGGGUUUGCAACAACAUUCAGCAAUGAAUAUGACAUCACAGUCUUCAAACAUAAGUGGUCCUCUAUCCCAUUCCAGUCCUUAUUAUAUUACUCCUACAAAGUAUCAAGAAAAUGGUGAUACUCUGUCUGAUUUUGUUAACUUAGUGUGCCAAGAAGCUCAGAAUUCUGGUCCAAGCCCACAAACGAGCCAAGAUUCUGAGGCGCAGAGUCCAACUAAACUACCCCACUUUUACUCAAAUCCAAUGCUUCCUCCGCCCCCACCUGCUCCAAUGGCAAGGCCAGUCGCCAUUAUUAGGUCAACAGGAAAACUGGCUGCAUUUUCUGACAUCAGUGCUUCAACGCCUAGCCCACCAAAUAAUAUCAGUCAGUCUGGUCCUAGAAAUAGUUCCCCUGUUUCCGAAAAUUCACCUGUCACAAACUCAGUCGUUAGAGAUAAUCGGAAACAGUUAGCUUCACCUCCAGUUAGUUCAUCUGUUGCACCUGCUGGAAAUAAUGGCCUUGAUGGCUCUCAAGCAAAUCGGGGAGCCAUGAGCAGCACUUUCACUUCCUUGCCAAGGCCCGAUAAUAAUUUUUCUCAUAUUCAUCCCCAAGCUCACCAGCUAUUUCCAUACACAAAUAUUAGUCCUGUGAAUGCUAUGAGUGGCAUGAUCAGUCCAACUAAUCUCAGUAUGUUCACGUCUCCCGCUACAACACCCCGUUCCACUCCUAGAACUACCCCAGUUCCCAGAUGGAAUGCUCCAUUCAUUACGUUAGAUGAGAAUCUUGACUACAAUAUGAUGGCUGGUCUCAUGCCUGGAUCAAAUGCCGAUGCUGAUGCUCCACAUAUAAUAGAAGCAGAUGGUGAAAUUGAAGAGCGUUAUUUCACAGUAGUGCAUAGCAAUGAUGGAGUUGAUGCAAGCAGUCAGACAGCUGGUAACAGUGCCUCCGUCAGCCCCAACAAAUCUCAACCUUCUUAAGUUAGCGCUUUUUUAUGUUUUAGACAAACCUGAAAAUGUAAGUUACUAAGGAAAAAUGGUUGCUUAAUUCUUUUA